UAUUGUAUUCAUUGUCUCCUGGAACCAGUGUGACCCCUGCAAUGGCCAAGGAUGUGAAUGGGCUUGUCAACAUGUAUCGGAUAACUGGGGAUGAUUGGGAUUCAUGGAGAGAUGUUGCGGCACAUUUCGAUGUUACAAGGGACUUCUCUACUGCGAGUAUGAUUGGAGCUAAGGGCCUGCUUGGGAAGUCAUGGCCUGACUUGGAUAUGCUACCGCUUGGAUGGCUUACUGAUCCAGGUUCAAAUGAAGGUCCGCACAGAAGUUGUAACCUCAACCCAGAUGAGCAAAGAACUCAGGUCACUCUGUGGUCCAUGGCCAAGUCUCCUUUCAUGUUUGGAGGAGAUGUGAGAAAGCUUGAUGAGAGCACAUACAACGCCAUAACAAAUCCUACCCUGUUGGAGAUAAACUGGUUUAGCUCAAACAACAUGGAGUUUCCUUACGUUACUGGCAUGAGGGUUCAUCGUACAGAUGAGGUUCAUUCCUAUCAAUCAAGUAGAUAUGCAAUAGAUGUAAGAACAUCUGAUACACAAGGUUUGGCCCUCACCGCCUGCUCAAAUUCGGAAGCAAUUGGCUGGUCUACUGAAGCUCUGGACGAAGAAUUUGAAAAGAUAUGCUGGAAAGAAAAGCUUAAAAGAAAAAAUCAAGCACCGUUUUGCAUAUACAAGGGAGAGCCUCUUUUGGCAUCAGAUGAAAUGAUGACGUACAAACAGAAAUAUCAAGGGAAACUCCGUUUAUUAUCAACUGACAGAAGGGACUUUUGCCUGGGGGCUUCUUCGAAUGAAAGGCUUACUGCAAAGGAAAUCAAGAGAGGUGCAUUUUCACCCUGCAGAUGGGAGACGAACCAGAUGUGGGAGUUGAACCCUAAUGGAACCUUUGUAAAUGGCUAUUCCGGAUUGUGUGCAACAAUGAAGUCUGUUAAAGCUAAAGUCAACUCAGUUGGAACUCGUUCUUGGAUUGCAACUGGAAGUAGAGGUAUGUGACUCCCCCAACAAACA